CAACGCUCUGUUGAAUGUGAUAUGGUCGGAUUACACAACACAGGAAGAAGCAGCGAGUGCAUCUAAGACCACAGUAAAAAAGAAGGGUAAAUCAGGAUCAUUCAUGACGGUAUCGAAUCUGUAUCGUGAAUCGCUGAAUAAACUUAUGACAAUGCUUCAUAAAACCCAUCCGCAUUUCAUUCGAUGCAUUAUUCCAAACGAAAAGAAGAAAUCAGGACUAUUGGAUGCUGCACUCGUCCUCAAUCAACUCACCUGUAACGGUGUACUGGAAGGAAUUCGUAUCUGCCGUAAAGGAUUCCCUAACAGAACUCUUCAUGCAGACUACGUUCAACGCUAUGCUAUUUUGGGUGCAGUCGAAGCGAAAUCAAGUGCCGACCCCAAAGAGUGCGCCGUCAAAAUGUUGGAAAAGCUUGUCCGUGAAGGCUCGAUGAAAGAAGAAAUGUAUCGCAUCGGUCAUACAAAAGUGUUCUUCAAAGCCGGUGUCCUCGCUCAUCUGGAAGAACUUCGCGAUGAAAAGCUCAACUAUCUCAUCACCGGUUUCCAGGCACAAAUCCGACAGUACUUCAAAAUUGUAGAGAAUUUAAUGCAUCAAUUUUUACCACANAUACCAAUCGUGAGAGCAAGCAAACUUGAGGAAACAUUAGAAGAACUGAGAAGAAGUGUGGCCGAAAGAGAAGAGUUGGUUAAAAUGAAACGGAAAGAGAUUCGGAAAUUCGAAGAAAAAGUUGAUGAAACGUUAAAGGAGAAAGCGAGCCUCUUUGCAGAAAUCAAGAACUCAAAAUCCGGUAACACUGAGGCCGAAGAACACAUUGAAAAGAUGGCGGCUCAGAACGACGAUCUUGAAAGAACGUUGGGCGAGGAGAACGAAAAACUGCAAAAUGAGGAGAAGCGUGCUGAAAGCGUUUCUUCAGCAAAAGCAGAUCUCGAUCAACAAAUGGAUCUACUCAAGAAAGCGAUGCGAGAUAGUGACGCGACAAAACGGAGGCUCGCUUCAGAAAAGGCGAUACGAGAUGCACAGCUUCGUUCGUUGACGAAUGAGGUUUCUCAACAACAAGACGAUAUUUCAAAAGCACAAAAAGAAUGCAAAAAUCAAUACGAUAAGGCGAAACGCUUGACCAAUGAACUGAGGGAACAAACUGAAAAAUCCAAUCACAGCAAUCGAUCAAAAGCUAAACUUGAAGAGGCACUUCAAGCUAGUGAAGAUGCGCUCGAGCGAGAAAGACGCCUUCGAAUGGACACGGAUAAGGCGAAAAGGAAGGUUGAAGGUGAUUCGAGAAUAGCACGAGAGACAUUGGACGAGAUUGAUGCUCAACGAAAAGAUAUGCAGAAUCGAAUGAAAACCAAAGAUACGGAACUGCACGCAGUGAACGUUCGCCUAGAGGAUGCACAAGCCGGAGUGGGACGUGCUGAAAAGCAGAUCAAGGAGGGAAAUGCCCGAAUCGAAGAGCUCGAGAUGGAGCUGAGAAUGGUUCGAGAUGCGCGAUUGCGAACUGAUCGCAACAAAGCGGAUUUGCAACGGGAAAUUGACGCGAUAAUGGAGCAAAUGAAUGAUCAGAGUGGUGUUGAAUCAGUGCGAUUCGAGGCGGCGAAGAAACAAGACUGCGAAAUAGCAAGGCUGAGGCGUGAGCUGGACGAAACCAAAAUGAAACAUGAAACGGUGACUGCGGCGUUACGCAAGAAAGGAAACGAUGCUCUGAGCCUAUCGGAUAUGGAGACAACGGAUGCACAGCAAUCAAGUCAACUCCAAGAAUUCCUUUGUGUACGUGGUCGUUUGUUGGGCGACAAUACCGACUUGACGCAUCAAGUUCAGGAGUUAGAGGAACAGCUGAGCAUGAUGAUGCGACUGAAAAGUGAGUGUGUUAGCGAGGCGGAUCAAGCAAAACGAGCGGCACUCGAAGAGAGUCGUGAACGUCAAAAUGUUGCAGCGCAUGUGAGAAAUCUUGAGAUGGAGUUGGAGCAGUUGCGGUCUCAGUUCGACGAUGAAGUGGACGGUAAAGUGGAGUUGAGAAGACAGUUGCAACGAACUGAAGGCGAGAUUGAGCAGUGGAAAGGUCGUUUCGAAGAUCAAGACUUACUGUCGAUGGAGAGCGUUGAGCAGAUGAAACAUAAACAAGCCGGCGAAAUGCUUGAAUUGGAACAAACAGUCGCCAAUACUGACAGCAAAGUGAGUGCGUUGGAGAAGUUG